AUGAACCACACGCGUUCCCCUUGCAGUGUCGUUCUCCUCCUCCUCCACCAGCAAUAAGCGGCGGCGGAGAGAGAAAGAGAUAAAGAGGAGCGACAAGAUGCCCGCGGGGCAGCAGCAGAAGCACCACCAGGUGCCGACGUACCCUCCGCCGGAGUCGGAGGACGAGGAGUCGUGGGUUUGGUCCCAGAUCAAGGCGGAGGCCCGGCGCGACGCGGAGUCGGAGCCGGCCCUCGCCAGUUACCUCUACGCCACCAUCCUCUCCCACCCGUCCCUGACCCGCUCCCUCUCCUUCCACCUCGCCAACAAGCUCUGCUCCUCUACUCUUCUCUCCACCCUCCUCUACGACAUCUUCCUCAGCUCCUUCUCCGCACACCCCCCGGUCUGCGCCGCCGCCGUCGCCGACCUCCUCGCCGCCCGCCACCGCGACCCUGCCUGUGCGUCCUUCUCCCACUGCCUCCUCAACUACAAAGGCUUCCUCGCCGUGCAGGCCCAACGCAUCGCCCACCUCCUCUGGUUCCAGCACCGCCGGCCCCUCGCCCUCGCCCUCCAGUCCCGCGUCGCCGACGUCUUCGCCGUCGACAUCCACCCCGCCGCCCGCCUUGGCCGCGGCCUCCUCCUCGACCACGCCACCGGCGUCGUCAUCGGCGAGACCGCCGUCAUCGGCAACAACGUCUCCAUCCUCCACCACGUCACCCUCGGCGGCACCGGCAAGGCCGUCGGAGACCGCCACCCCAAGAUCGGUGACGGCGUCCUCAUCGGCGCCGGCGCCACCAUCCUAGGCAACGUCCGCAUCGGCGAGGGCGCCAAGAUCGGCGCUGGGUCCGUCGUCCUCAUCGACGUUCCGCCUCGGACCACCGCCGUCGGCAACCCGGCCAGGCUCGUCGGCGGCAAAGAGAAGCCCGCCAGGCACGAGGACUUCCCGGGGGAGUCCAUGGAUCAUACCUCCUUCAUCUCCGAGUGGUCCGACUACAUCAUCUGAUCUGACCUAACUGAUAAUGUCUGUCCCUGUUUUCAUCUUCUCAUCUCUUCUAUUCUACCUAUGAGCUUGCUUGCUUAAUUCCUUUCUUUUGUUUUGCUUAAAGAUCGCUACCGUAUGGUUUGUGUGUUAUAUAUCUAUAUAUAUGAGGUCUUCUUAGUGUACUUGUGUUGGAAUAAACUAGGAUGCAAUUUUGGCUCUGAAUUGAUCAUGUUUGGUCUAAAUCUUGAACUCUGUGAUGGUUUUCGGCGUUGUAAAAUAAUGCUCUAUGUUCUGUCAUUCAAUAGUCUUCA